CACAUCGAAAUUAUAGGUUUGUGUGAUUCCACCCUAACAGACAGAGUAAACACACGAAAGCAUGAUCCAGAUGUAAAUAAAGGAAUAUUUUAAAGAUAUAAAAUAGUGCUAUCUAAAAGCGACAGUCGGAACAACUAUGGAGAACUUAAGUGAGGAAACUAUGCAUAAUACAAAUAAUCUAAUCAAAGAAGGAGACUAUGUUAUAAUCAGAAAGGAGAAUUUUAUGAAGGUUCACAGAGUAUCAAAAAAUAGUAUUUUUACAAUUACUAAAGAUGAUGUAGAUACAAGUUCCAUAAUAGGAAAACCCUUUUGGACAACGUUUGAAAUAGUCCCUUCUUCAAAAGGCGAGUCAAUUAAUAAUCUACAACCAGUAACAAAAGCAGAGAUGUUAGAGAAAUUACGAUUCGAUUCCUUGAAGUCAGGUGUUGAUAAUCGACUGAUUAAUGAUAACGGUACAUCACAGCAGUUGUCGAAGCAGAAAAUUCUCGAUCUUCGAAAAGCCGGAAAGUCCGGAAAGGAAAUAGUUCAAACUCUUAUCGAAAAUAGUACAUCUUUCAGCACAAAGACUGAAUAUUCUCAAGAAAAAUACAUCCGAAAGAAGGGGAAAAAAUAUUUUCAGUACUUAACAAUUUGCCGUCCAACUAUUGCAUUACUACAGGAACUUUACUUUCGGCAAGAUUAUUAUAAAAUUAAUUCAAUAAGAAUGGACACAUUGGCACAAAUAAUUUCUUACAGUGAUAUAAAAUCGGACGGAGUGCACUUGUUAUACGACAGUGGAUCUUUAGGUCUAGUGGCGGCGAGUAUUCUCAACCGGAUCGGAGCCAACACUUCCGGUUCUCUGAUAAAUCUGUACCUUGGAAACGACCCUCAAAACACAGCUGUAAAGGCGAUGAACUUUCCGUCCGAUCUUUUAAAUCGAUUGACGAAUCUCAACUUGAAAGACCUUAUCCAGAGUAAAGAAAGAGUUGCAAAAAUUCCACCGACCGAAUCCAAGGAAGAUUCGCCUGAAAUACUCAAAACAGAGAAACAAUCCACAGCAGAAUCUGGAACCGAAUGUGCCGAAAAUAAGGAAUCUAGUGAAGAUAAUUCACGUAAACGAAAAACUCCAACAGAUACAGAUACUGAUCUAGAGUCUAAUGUACCUCAGAAAAAAUCUAAAACUUGUGCUACGAAUCUUCUUAGUACUACUAAAGUCGACAGUUUGGUUAUAGUAGCCAGAGAGCAUCCUCUUAAUAUCGUUGAAUUGCUUAUAAAUUUUGUAAAAAAGUCUAGGCCAUUUGUUAUAUUCCACACGAAUCGGGAACCACUUCAAGAAAUCUAUGUUCUUCUCAAACAAAAAUACCGUGUAGUUAAUUUAAAACUUUUUACCAAUUUUUUACGGUCCUAUCAAAUUUUAACUGAUAGAACGCAUCCUGAUAUUUUGACAAGUAGUUGUAAUGGGUAUCUUCUCACAGGAUAUUGUACACAAUAAAAAAAUUUUUAAUUUACAGAA